CGUCCAGCAGCUGAUCGGUAAUCCAGAAGAAGUUUCCCCUCAGUUAGGGGGGAGCUCCACUUUGAAGCAGGAGACUCCACAACCACCCUGCAUUAAAAAGGAAGAGGAGGAACUCUGCAUCACUCAGGAGGGAGAGUGUCUUCUAGGACGAGAGGAAGCUGAUUACACCAAGUUUCCACUGAGUAUUCUCUCUGUGAAGACUGAAGAUGAUGAAGAGAAACCACAAGUAGACAACCUCUUAGCUCCACUAUCAGAUAGUGAGGCUGAAGACGAGGUUGAAGAACAUUUGAGCAGCGAUACAGACUGUGAAGGUGAUAUGAGGACUCACACUGACAACAAACACUCUGAAUGCUCUACAAAGAAGAGAGGUCAAACAUGUUUGAGCUGCUCAGUUUGUGCUGAAAGUUUUACUAAAAAGAGCCAUUUGACUCGACACAUGAGAACACACACAGGAGAAAAAACAUUUAUUUGUUCAGUUUGUGGCAAAAGCUUUUCUCAAAAUAGGUCUUUGACUCGACACAUGAGAACACACACAGGAGAAAAACCAUGUACUUGUUCAGUUUGUGCUAAAAGCUUUUCUGUUAAGAGGAAUUUGACUGAACACAUGAGAACACACACAGGUGAAAAAACAUUUAAGUGCUCAGUUUGUGGCAAAAGGUUUUGUCAAAAUAGCAAUUUGACUGAACACAUGAGAACACACACAGGUGAAAAACCAUUUAGUUGUUCAGUUUGUGGCAACAGCUUUUCUCAAAAUGGCUCUUUGACUUACCACAUGAGAACACACACAGGAGAAAAAACAUUUAAGUGUUCAGUUUGUGGCAAAAGCUUUUCUCGAAAUAGCAUUUUGACUCAACACAUACGAACACACACAAGAGAAAAACUAUUUAAUUGUUCAAUUUGUGGCAAACGCUUUUCUCAAAAUGGCCAUUUGACUGAACACAUGAAAACACAUACAGGUGAAAAACCAUUUAAGUGUUCAGUUUGUGGCAAAAGCUUUUCUCGAAAUAGCCAUUUGACUGAACACAUGAGAACACACACAGGAGAAAAAACAUUUAAUUGUUCAGUUUGUGGCAUAAGUUUUUCUCAAAAUAGCUAUUUGACUAAACACAUGAGAACACACACAGGAGAAAAACCAUUUAACUGUUCAGUUUGUGGCAAAAGCUUCCCUCAUAACAGCUCUUUGUGCCGACACAUGAGAACACACGCUGGAGGAAAACCAUUUAGUUGUUCAGUGUGCUGUAAAAGGUUUGCACAUAAUGUAGACGCAAUAAAACACAUAAGAACACACAAGGGAAAAUAGCCAAUUAGUUGUUUAGUUUGUGGUAUGUUGCUCAUAUGUGGCGACAUCCACCCUACCCAGGACCUCCUCACUGCUUCUUUCACAAAUAUCUGAGGUAUUCAUACAAACUUGGAUUAUUUCAAUCAAUCAAUCAAUCAAUGUUUAUUUAUAUAGCCCUAAAUCACAAGUGUCUCAAAGGGCUGCACAAGCCACAACGACAUCCUCGGUACAAAGCCCACAUACGGGCAAGGAAAAACUCACCCCAGUGGGACGUCGAUGUGAAUGACUAUGAGAAACCUUGGAGAGGACCGCAUAUGUGGGUAAACCCCCCCCCCUCUCUAGGGGAGACCAAAAGCAAUGGAUGUCGAGUGGGUCUGACAUAAUAAAUUUAUUUAUUAUUAUUAUUAAUUUGGAGCAUAAUCUUAUCUACUCAUGACCCCAUGUCUUCUCUGUAUCUGAAACCUUCCUGAACAGUAAGAAAGAUGAUGCUUCAAGUGCUUGGUUACUCCUUCUUCAGUCCAGGGACCUGGGGCCUCAUGUGUCAAGUUUGUGCACGCUCAAAAACCUGCACUACACCCUUUUUCACUGCAAAGUUGAGAUGUCUCAAAACUGACGUUGAUGCAUAAGUGAUGCUGGGUUACAGUUCCCACAAUGGACCACAAUGGAAACAAGCCUUUUGGCUUUUUGUGCCAUCCAUUUGCCUUUUUAAAGCAUUACAUGGAUUCAAUUCUUUAAGAUGUCAAUAAAUUUCUCAAUCAAUCAAUCCCAUAAAGUGCCAACCUUUGACCUCAGAGACAUAUGAACAAUUAACCCCCAAACCCCACCUCCCUCGACAUUCGGGCAUAACAGGUUCAAUCCGGCCCGUGAGAUUAGUUUGUUAAGAGUAAAAGUCAGCUGCAUUUUUUAUGACAGAAACUGCUGUACUAAAUGUGUCCUCUGGAUGUCGCAAUUUCAAUUAUGUUAGGCAAGCAAAUAGUUUUUUUCUGGGCGAGUAAGUAUAUCAAGCAAGAGGUACACAGUCUUUAUUAAAGGUUAUAUAUAUAUAUUUAUAUAUAUAUAUAUAUAAUAUUUUAAAAUAUAUUAUAUAACUAUAUAUUAUAUAUAAUAUAAUGUGUAUGUAACCAACAGGAAAUGGGUGUCAGACUAUGUGUUUUACUGUAAAUGUUGGAGGUGUGUGUUGAGAGGAGCGUUGCUGUCAGACAAGGGCUAGACAGGCAGGGUUGUCCGGGGGCGGAAGAGUGGUCGUGAGGCAGGAGCGAAUCGUCGUAGUCCGGGGGCAAGCGAGGAGUGGAGAACCAGGAAGCACGAGGAAGACAGGGAAGAUCCAGGAGCACAAGACACACAGCUUGACUCAGGGACGCACACAAGGAACUGCGAGGCGAGGAAGGACAGGACAAUUACGCAGGGAAAACACAGAGAUCAGGCUUUGAAAAAGGCAACUAGGGAGUUUGAGACGAGCUUACGGUACGAUGCACAGGUCGCUACGUUCUGGCACUGGAUCUCUGGUAGUGGUGGUUUAAAGGCCUACUGAAAUGCAAUUUUCUUAUUCAAACGGGGAUAGCAGGUCCAUUCUAUUUGUCAUACUUGAUCAUUUCGCGAUAUUGCCAUAUUUUUGCUGAAAGGAUUUAGUAGAGAACAUCGACGAUAAAGUUCGUAACUUUUGGUCGCUGAUAAAAAAGCCUUGCCUGUACCGGAAGUAGCAGACCAUAUGCGCGUGACGUCACAGGUUGUGGAGCU